AUGCUGCUUGUGGAAGAAGGGAUGGAUUUAAUGCAUAGUUUCCAUAUUUCAUACUCUAGCACUAGCACUCGGAAUCCACUCCAUAUCUUCAUCAAUAUCACUGCUCGCAACUGCCUAUUCUCUCACAGCUCGUGCCGUGUUGAAUACCUCUUCGGAAUUGACUCAAGAAUUAGCCUAAAAUUGAACUUGAUCGCCGAUACAGCAGCAAGUCAUAUUUGUGUCUAUGAUGCAGUCGAAUGGGUACCAGCUACUAGCCCAUCCGUUGAAGGAGCUACUCAAGCCCAGCUUCCUCUUUCGCCAUGUAGAAUUCCAAAACGGUUAGUUGCAGCUAUUCGACUGCAUAUCUGA